CUCGUGAUAUGGGUUGUGCGCCGGCGCGGUGCAAUUGUCAGACGCGUGUUUUCCCGCGUUUAAAACCCAGUUGGACUAAGGCUUUACCUCCCGCGUAUUUCGCGUUAAAGUGUCACGUCAUAUAUCCCUUGUUAUGAGUUUCUGGUAAAGCACAAUAUGUCUGGACAAAUUAAAUAAAAGUUGCUAUUAUCAGUGAAACGCGUCCUUACUCUUGAAACUCCCUACAAAAUUCUGUUAUCUCUCACGUGCUGCAGCGAAUUAGUGCAUCAACUGCAAGGAUUUCUAACCAUAGAACGUGAGUCCCAUCGCUAAUUGCUUCCUGCUAUCUUCCCUGGGAUCUACCCCAACGCCAGAAAUUCCUAAAAACUCCAAGAUAAUUUUUCCUUCAGGUGAAUAAGAGAAGUGAAUGAAAAAUGGCGAGUGUACAAGGAAAAUUGCCGUUCCAAAUUCGAAAAAAAAUCUUUUAUAAUACCAAAGAUAAACCCCAAGAGGACUUCACCAACGCAACCCUAAGGAGUACUCCAACAACAAGGUACAUUCCGACAGUGAAAAAACUGAUGACGAUCAGCAGCAGUGAGUCCUCAGACUCCGAAUCAGACACCGAGAACAUUGCAACAAUGCCAAGAGGGAAAACACCUGUCAACAAGAAAAAAGUUACAACUCCAAGAAGAAGGAGGUCAUCAGUCUCGUCGGGGGAGCAGGGUGGUUUGACUCCCCCGAAGCAGAAGAAGUUGUCCCCAACAACGCCCUCGAACCUUCUGGAUCGCCUUAACUUGGACUCUCCUGAGGGGGCUCUUCCCUCCAGAUCUUCAGGGAAAGAUCAAUUGACCCCUAAAAGACUCUUCACCCCCCAAGUGUCCUCGAAAUAUCAAAACGCGAGGAAAGCGCUGCACAGUUCAGCCCCUGAAAGCCUUCCCGGGAGGGAGGAAGAGCUUGCCAAGCUCGAGGAAUUCAUCAAAGAAUAUGUCAAGGGAAAUAAAUCGGGAUGCUUGUACGUGUCCGGGCCUCCUGGCACCGGCAAGACCGCGAGUUUAUCCAAAAUUAUGCUGAAACCUGAAUUAAAAUCUGCUUUCAAGACUGUUUAUAUUAAUUGUACGACGAUGAAGUCAGCGGGAACGAUUUAUGGAAAGAUAAUUCAGGAGUUGGGGAUUGAGGCACCCAAAUCUGGUAAGAAUAAUAAGACUGCCAUUGAAAAAUAUCUUGUGGCCACUCACAAAAUGGUCCUUCUGGUUCUUGAUGAGAUUGAUCAGCUGGAGAGCAGGAGACAGGCAGUUUUGUACUCGAUAUUCGAAUGGCCAUCGAUACCAAAGUCUAAAAUACUGCUGGUUGGCAUUGCCAAUGCCCUUGAUCUCACCGACAGGAUUCUACCCAGGCUGCAGGCUAGAUGUCAAUUGAAACCUAAGCUGAUGCACUUUCCUCCAUAUAGCAAGCAACAAAUUGUGGAAAUUAUUUCGGAGAGGUUGAGAGAGGCCGGGGUAGAGGAGAUAUUCACGGGAAUAGCCAUGCAGAUGCUGGCCGGAAAGGUUGCUGCUAUCUCAGGAGAUGUCAGAAAGGCGUUGGAUAUUAGCAGGAGGGUCGUGGAACUUGCUGAGUCGCACAAGAGCCAAGUACUUCAGCCUGCUGUUGAUAAUCAAAAUAACGUAGGGAGUCCAAAGAAAGUAGCGCCCAGUACGGAGAAGCCUGUUGACCUGAAAGAAGUUGUGGCUGUGUUAAAUGGAGUCUACGGUGGAUCUCAAAAUAUUGAAAAGGAAGAAGACACUUUCCCACUCCAACAAAAACUCCUGUUGUGCUCACUGAUGUUAAUACUCAACAAAGGACGUAAUAAAGACGUUACCGUUGGCAAGCUGCAUGAGGUAUACACAAAAGUCUGUAAAAAACGAAAUAUCCUCUCGGUCGACAUAUCUGAAUUUGUUGGAAUUUGUUCUCUGAUCGAAACCCGGGGAGUUGUUUGUAUUGCUGGGAAAAAAGAACCCCGCCUGUGUAAAGUAAAUCUUCAAUGGGAUCAGGAAGAGCUCGGUGCAGCUCUCCAAGACAAAAAUAUGAUGGCCGAUAUCAUCAACGACGCCACGUGCCUUUAAAAUAGUUACGUGCAUAUUUUAAAUUAUCACUUAUCGAUUUGCAAAAUCUGUGUAGUGAAUCGUUAUGUUUGUGUGGUUUUUGACGAUCAGUAUGGAAUAGACGAUUGUUAUGUUAUACUUGACCAUGAAUUACUCAUAACCUAAUCACUGUUUACAAAUUGAAUAAAUUUUUUAAACAAUUGAAAUGAAAA